AUGAACGGCGUGAAAGCAGAGACCGGGGAUACCAAGUCCUCGGUAGAGUUCACCAUCAAUGGAGUCCCGUAUACCGUUAAGGGUGACAUACCAUGCGGAACGUCCCUCAAUGUCUUCAUCAGGGACCACGCGAGGCUUCGUGGUACCAAAGCGAUGUGCCACGAGGGUGGUUGUGGUGCAUGCAUUGUAUCGGUGGUCGUCAAGGGCGUGACAAUGUCCGUUAAUUCUUGUCUGGUGCCGGUUUUGAUCUGUAACGGUUGGGCCAUUAAAACUAUCGAGGGAUUGGGUAACAAAAAAGAUGGGUAUCACGUGUUGCAAGCAAGUCUGGCCGAGAAGAAUGGUUCCCAGUGUGGCUAUUGUUCUCCAGGCAUGGUAAUGAACAUGUACAGUCUUUUGCAGACCAAGAAACUGACCAUGAAGGAGAUCGAGAAUUCGUUUGGCAGUAAUAUCUGUCGGUGCACAGGUUACAGGCCAAUCUUGGACACGUUUAAAGGCUUCGCUACUGACGCCCCCAAGGAGCUUGCCAAAGAUAUCCAUGAUAUCGAGGAGUUGUACAAGAUCAAAACAUGCAAGAAGACCGGUUUACCCUGCCAGAAUGGUUGUAAUACCUGCAGCACAGUUAAUCAGACUACUGAGGCCAAGAUCGACAUGAAACUGGACGGUUCAGAGUUCCAUAAAGUGCUCUCAGUUGACGAUAUGUUCGAAGUGUUUCAGAAAAAUCCUACAGCCAGUUAUGUUCUACACGGUGGUAACACUGCUCACGGUGUCUAUCGGUUAAAAGUACCCGACAUGUACAUCGACAUAAACGAUAUUCCUGAUUUGCGUCGUAUAAGCAAAAACAACGAUUCCUUGACCAUCGGCGGCAACAACUCCCUCACAACGGCCAUGGAAACCUUCAAUGAGUACUCCAAGGAGCCGAAAUUCGAGUAUCUGCGACACCUGGCUAGUCACAUCGAUCUGAUCGCCAGUGUUCCUGUUAGAAAUAUCGGAACACUAGCCGGGAAUUUAAUGAUCAAGCAUCAGUAUCACGAAUUUCCCUCGGAUCUCUUCUUGAUGCUCGAAACCGUAGGCGCCCAAUUGCAUAUAGUGGAAGCUGGCGGUAGGAAGACAAGCGUGAAUCUACUGAAUUUCCUGAAUAUGGAUAUGAAACAUAAAAUUAUAUACAGUAUAGCUUUACCGGCGCUCGGCAGCGAAUACCAUUACAGAUCAUUUAAGAUCAUGCCGCGAGCUCAGAACGCUCAUGCCCAUGUGAACGGUGGCUUCCUGUUUAAAUUGGACGGGACUGGAAAAGUACUAGAAGAACCAAACAUUAUAUUCGGUGGAAUACACAAAGAAUUCCUGCACGCGGUAGACACUGAAAAGUUUUUCGUUGGGAAAUCCAUCUUGAACAAAGAUGUCGUCAAAAAUGCCAUGGCGAAACUGGAUAACGAAUUAAAUCCGGAUCAUGUGUUGCCUGAUUAUUCUCCUUCAUUUAGGAAGACCCUUGCUGAAGGUCUUCUCUACAAGUUCAUUUUAAGCAUCAAGCCAGAAAACUUGGAUCCAAAACUACGUAGUGGAGGGUCCAUUUUGGAUCGUGGAUUAUCUUCGGGUAAACAGGAUUUCGAGACGGAUAAGAAUCUGUGGCCGUUAAACAAACCCAUUCCAAAGAUGGAAUCCGUGUACCAGACUUCCGGCGAAGCGCAGUACGUGAAUGAUAUUCCUCCUCUCGCGAACGAAGUUUUCUGCGCGUUUGUUAUUUCCACUGUGCCGAACGGGAAGGUCGCUAGCAUCGAUCCCUCCAAUGCAUUGAAAAUGAAAGGUGUCGUGGCGUUUUACUCCGCUAAGGAUGUUCCUGGGAGGAAUUUAUUCAUCAACAAAGACAAUCAACAACAAAUGUUGUCCUUCGAUGAAGUGUUGUUCGCCGAUACGAGAAUCGAAUACGCUGGUCAGCCGGUGGGCAUCAUCGUCGCCGAGACUCACGCAAUUGCGAACGAGGCAGCAGAGAAGGUGAAUAUCUCCUACAUCGACGUAUUAGAAGAGAAUACGGUAAUGUCCAUAGAACAAGUUCUCGCCUCGAACGAUCAGUCCAGAUUGAUGCAGACAGCUACAUUGAAAGCUCAAAAGAAAGGUAACAACGUGAAACAUGUGAUAAAAGGCGAGUUCUCUUGUGGCAGCCAGUACCAUUACACCAUGGAGCCGCAGUCUUGCGUCUGCAUUCCAGUCGAGGAUGGUUUGGACGUGUAUCCAUCGUCACAGUGGAUGGACCUUGUUCAAACGUCCAUAGCUGAUUGCCUUGGUAUAAAGGCAAAUAGCGUGAACAUCAACGUGAGGCGUCUGGGUGGUGCAUACGGCGCAAAGAUAUCUCGUGCCUCAUACGUGGCCUGUGCGUGCGCGUUGGCCUGCUACAAAUUGAAUCGACCAGCACGCUUUAUAAUGUCCAUAGAGAGUAAUAUGAAAGUGUUGGGUAAACGGUACGACACUCGUCAAGAGUACGAGGUUGGCGUAGACGACAGUGGAUAUAUUCAGUACUUGAACACGAAAUACUGGCAAAACAGUGGCUGCAAUUUCAACGACUUCCAUGCAUUCCUCACGAUAGAACACGUCAAAAACUGCUACGACACCAGCACCUGGUCAGGCGAAGGUUUCGAAGCCAGAACCGAUACACCAUCAAACACAUAUUGUCGAGCGCCAUCUUCCACGGAAGGUGUCGGCAUGACGGAGUACUUGAUGGAGCAUGUUUCAAGAGUUGUUGGAAAAGAUCCUUUGGAAGUGAAGUUAUUGAAUAUGCAUCCGGAUCACAAAAGCAUAUUACAGCCAAUGAUAGAGGAACUGUCCAAAAAUUCAGAUUAUGAGACGAGGAAGACAGCUGUGGAAACAUUUAACAAUGAAAAUCGAUGGAAGAAGAAGGGAAUCUCUGUAGUACCAGUUAUGUAUCCUAUGAUGUAUUGGGGACAGUUUAAUGCACACGUUGUAAUCUAUGGCAGGGAUGGCACCGUUUCUGUUACACAUGGCGGUAUUGAGUGUGGCCAGGGUAUUAAUACAAAGGUAGCUCAAGUAGCAGCGCACGUCUUGGGAAUCGACUUGUCACUGGUGACUGUUAAACCAAGCAACAAUUUGACGGCUCCAAACAAUUCUGUCACCGGUGGUAGCAUUACCAGCGAGACUUGCGCAUUUGCAACCAUGAAGGCUUGCCAAGAAUUGUUGAAGAGGCUGGAACCUAUCAAAAAGGAGCUAACGAAUCCUACCUGGCAACAAUUAGUGCUCGCAGCUACUCUGAAGGACGUGGAUUUAUGCGCGCGUUACAUGUGUACCGCACAGUCUGAGGGUGUGCAUAAUUAUCAUGUAUACGGAGUCGCAAUAGCGGAAGUUGAAGUCGACGUAUUAACCGGACAACAUAUUGUGCACAGAGUAGACUUAAUGGAAGACGCUGGAGUUAGUCUGAAUCCAGAAAUAGACUUGGGACAGAUAGAGGGUGCCUUCGUUAUGGGACUUGGAUACUGGACUUCAGAAGACUUAAUUUAUGAUCCAAGAACUGGUCAACUAACGAAUUAUCGAACUUGGAAUUACAAACCACCCGGUGCAAAAGACAUUCCUGCCGAUUUUCGGAUUUACAUUCGUCGAAAUGCGCCUAAUCCAUUGUUUGUCCUUCGAUCGAAAAUAACUGGUGAACCGCCUCUCUGUAUGAGUUGUGUAGUGCCACUUGCAAUUCGCAAUGCACUUAAUUCGGCAAGAAAAGAUGCUGGAAAUAACGAUCCAUGGUAUCGGUUGGAUGGUCCUGUUACUACAGAAAAGAUUUUACUAAACAGCUUAACGAAGAAGGAGCAAAUGGUGCUUUAAGAUAAUAGUAAAGUUUUCCUCUUAAAUAAAAUAUGAUACUGUCUUAUGAUACUUUAACCCUGAAACAGAUUUUACGAAAUAGCUUAAUUAAGAAAAGGUGGAUGGUGCUUUAAGAUAAGAGUAGGGUUUUUUUUCUCAA